AUGAAUUUUCUGCAACAGGCCUUCUCGAGACACGCUGCAGCUGCGGUACUUCCCAACUUCACGACGACCGCCGCGCCCGCAGAACCGCCUGCCCCGGAGAGCGUGGAAGGCGCGGCGGUAAUUCCGGUCGCCGUGGACGAGGCGGUCGCUGCGGAGGAGGGGGGAGCAGAGCCCGCAGCCGAAGACGCAGAGUUUGAGGAGACGCUAAACGCAGAGGUCAUGUCAUUCGAAGACUUCCUGGCGCUUCGGGCAAAGAGAGAGAGGAUAGAAGCGGGGUUGGGUGUGGAUGAGCAGUUGUUCUGGUACUAUCCCCGCCGUUGGAAGGUUAAUGUGUAUGGCAUAAAAUUAACCAAUUUGUACAAGGAUGAACUGGCGGCGUUUCUGGAGUUUGAAAUUGGUUCAAAUCGUUCGGAAUUCCGUGUGGCUAUGGGUGAGUCGAUAAAGGUGAUAGCGCUGGGGGAAGUUGGUUACCGUAGACGUACUUACAUAAUUCAUCCGGUGUCAAGAGAUAAGCAUAAGCCAUCGAAGGUGGAUUUGCAAUUGAGGUACGAAUGGCAGGGAAGUUAUAAGCAGCUUCAUAGUCAUAAGCUGAGAAUAAAUUUAUGGAAGACAUCUAAAAAAGGGUUGAAUGAACUUGAAGGGACUCAUGAGGAAUCAUUGAUUAAUUUCACAUCCACAUCCACUUUUAUUUCUAGGAUUCUAUAUAAGUUGACAGGUGGUAAGAGAAUUCAAAGAUGUCUGACAUCAUUCGAAUUUGUUUUCCAAGAAAUCUUUGACUUUCAUUUAGAUUUUGUCGAUUGGCAUGUUUCUUCUGGUAGGAAUGACCAUGGACAUGGGGAAGGAAAAAGUGAUGCUACUUUGGAUUCCGGUGGUAUGCGUAAGAGUCAUUGGUUAUUGCAUAUUAAAGGUAUAAAGAGUUUGAUAGGGAAAGCUAUACAUUCACCACGACAAUAUUCAUUACAACCGUAUUGGGGUUAUAUGGGUACGAUGAAGUAUAGAGGAACGUUAAUGGAGGUAGAAAAUAGUGCUUGUGUAGUAUCGUUAAUUAAAGGACCAUUUACACAAGCCACUGAAUUUGGACGAGGUUACCUUCAGUUUAGAGGCCUCUUACAACGACCUCAUAUUAGAUGCAAAUUAGAUCCGGUUAGUCGAGAAGCAUCUAUAUUCUUUAACCAUACUGAAUGGUAUAUUGAAGGAAAUAUUAAGUCCCUUAGAGAACCAUUAUAUUCACAAUCUGGACAAAUCUUAGCUUUAAAUAAUGAAGAUCUAUUUCUGAUUGUACGUAUUAAAAAUGUUGAUAGAAUAUUUACCAAAUCCGGUCAAACAUUGGUUAACGCACAAAUUACUGUAUCCUAUAGAGGUCAGACAAGGAGCACACGUAUUAUGCAUAAUGUUGCAUCACCUACAUUUGAUGAAGAUAUUGCAAUACCUAUAUAUUUUACCAACAUACGAGAAUUAGUGGAUAGUGAGUAUCCUCAAAGUGAGUUGAUCAUAAUGGAUCUUUGGUCUGUUAAUCGUUUUAAUACUGAUCAUAUUGGUCAUGUAUCAUAUUCAUUAUGGGAUAUAUUAUAUACUAAAGAUGGUGAUGUAAGACCUCGUGUUGAGAAGUGGGUGUUUGAUAGUUAUACUAUGCGUUUGAAGAAUAUUCAAAUACCAUGUUUAGAUACGAAAGAAUCAUUAGGACUAUCAUUUGAAUCUGAAAAAAAUGUAGUCUUAGCUUAUGAAGCCUUUAUGUCUCGUCAUCUUCCUGAUUUAAUUCCUUGUGCUCGUCCUGACUUGAGUACUAUCCCUUUACCUUACAAAUCUGAAAUUGAGAAGUAUAUGAAUAUUGCAGAGUUACUAAGUAUGGCAUUACCUGAAGCAUUAAAUAGGAAUUUUGCUUUAACUCGCCCGAAUCGAGGUCGUCAUAUUUUACUACCAUUAUUCCUUUCAGAGAUUAUACCUCCGAAGGAUAUUUCUAGUCCAAGAGCGAUUUUUACCUACAUUAGGUCAAUACCGUUUACUGAAGGCAAUGAGGGUGCUCCAGACUCAUGGGCUUCUCCAUUUUACUUGGUGCACACACGUGUGGGAACGGCUGCUUCUCAUAAUAUUCUCCUGACAUGUCUCAUGCUAGCAACUUUCUGCGACGCAUACAUGGUUGUAGGCACCGCCCCUUCCGGGCAACCGGUAACGGGCGUUCUAACUCUGGAUUUAAACCAUCAUACAUCCAAAGUUGAUGCUAGACUUUGGGGAGUCGACAGUGGUGAUAUUUUCUUGUUUCCAGAUCGAGUUAAAGACGUUAAAAUAUUUCGACAACAGUCUACUUGGAUGCGUAGAUCAGCUAGGAAAGAGGUUGUGACUGUGAGGAAAUUCUUUGGUCUUUUAAAAUCAAUUGAGACAGUUGAAGUUGAACAUAAAGAUGCUGAAGAAAGAGAGGCAAUGGUACGUGAUUCAAUAUUACAAACCUCGAUAUUAGAUACUAUCGAUGGACCAUCUAAUGGACGACACGCAUCGUCUGAUGGAUUGAUUGAGAAUACUAGAUGUAUGGAAAUACGUACCAUUGACUUGGUGUUUAAUAAUAAAAAUGUUUGGUUAAAUAAGCAAUCAGACCCAACAUGUACUGCAUGUUAUUAUGAUCUAUGGAAUCAUGAGUAUUGGCAUAAAGUCUUUCCUGAUGGUAUUAAAUUCGAAUGUCCUGAUCCGCCACCUGUUCUAUCGCUUCCGAUAUCUCGUCAACAAGUUGACACUAUAGAAAACGAAUUGGUUAUGACUAUGAAGUUUGAGAUCGCUUUAGUUAGGAAUAAUAUGAACCUCAGUUGUGUUUGGCAAACAUCAUCCAUAUUAAACGAUUUUCUUCGUGAUGGAGCGCAAAUGAGAUACCAUCUUGAUACAUGUCAAGAAGGUGAUGAAUUUAUUUAUCAUGCUCAAAUUGACCAAUGGAAGAAGGCACUACAAUCCAAAGUUCCCCCACAAUGGAAGCUUUGUUUCCUACAAUUGCAAUCCCCUUACCUGGAUGCCCCAAAACUUGCCAGUAAACUUAUUGAAAGCGCCCGGUCCAUUUUAGAAGAAAGAACCAGACUCACAAUGCUGGCAAUACAAACCACAUUCUACACCCUUCCAGGAGGGUUCGGUAUCUUCUAUAUAUCCCUUGUCUCUUGUAAUCCUUUAAGCGAAAAUCAGAAAAGAAUUAACAGCUGGGUCAAAGAUCGAAAACAAGCACUCAGACAAGUUCUUGAAACACAAAAUACAAAUGGAUCAAAAGAAACGGAAAUGAGAGGCACGGAAAUGAGAGGUAUGGAAAUGAAACGUAUGGAAAUGAGAGGACUGACGACGAGCGGAACGGAAACGAAAGGCAUGGAAACGAAAGAAAACGCUGACGAUGAUGCCGCUUUAGAGGACAAUGGCGAGGCGGAAGUGGAAGACGAAGUGAAAGACGAAGACGAAGUGGAAGACGAAGACGAAGUGGAAGACGAAGACGAAGACGAAGUGGAAGACGAAGACGAAGAUGACGUGGAAUGGGAGGAGCUAUACCAAAGGGCAAAGGAAAUGGCCCCCGAGGAAUUCGAAGAGUAA